AUGGAAGACAAUGAGUCACUACCCGUGUCGCGUUCAGAAACACGAUCAGUAGCCAUAGAGCUGCUGGCGGAAACCAAUACAUCGACAGAAGCAGAGUACUUGAAUGACCGAAUGUCCUGGAAACCAGUCGAGAGGGAAGCAGAGGGAGACAGAAUUAUUCCAGAACAAGGGGUGAGAAGCAAUAAAGAGAAAAGCUUAGACACAGAUGAUGAUGAUGAUGAUGAUGAUGAUGAUGAUGAUGAUGAUGAUGAUGAUGAUGAUGAUGAUGAUGAUGAUGAUGAUGAUGAUGAUGAUGAUGAUGAUGAUGACAAUCUUAGUGGUUACAUUGAUGAUAUUCCAUUGAACGGAGUGUUAAAUGAUAGUUAUCCAGACGAGUAA